CCCCCAGCCAUUUUAACUCGGUCCCGCCGGGGAGGUGGCAACUUCACUCGAAGGCGAAACGCGGGCGGGCUCCGCUCCCCUCCGCGUCUCCUCGCCCCCGGGGUGAGCCCGGGUCCCGGGGGGAUGGAGGGGGGUCGGGUCUCCUGGGGGGCGGUCCCUGGCGCGGUCGGGACACGGGCGGGCGUAUUUCGACCUAUUCCGGCCGUGCGGCGCGUCGGGGCGCGGGUCCCCGGGACGUCGGUGUCGUGCGGAAGACGGGGUACCUCGGCCCCGAGGGGGCGGGCGGACAGGCAGGGGUCUCCGGCUGCCGAGAGCAACCCCGAGGAGUUCACGGGAUUUUUCCUUCUUCUCUCCUCCUUCUCCUCCUCUCUCCUCCUCCUCCGCCCUCCUCCUCCUCCUCCCCCCGCUGCUCCGCCCGCUCCCCUUCCCGCGGCGGGCCGGCGGCCGCAGCAGACGCCGCGCUGCCGUGAGGAUGCCGCAGCUGCCGGGGGCCGGGGGCGGGGGGGGGGACCCGGAGCUCUGCGCCACCGACGAGAUGAUCCCCUUCAAGGACGAGGGGGACCCCCAGAAAGAGAAGAUCUUCGCCGAGAUCAGCCACCCCGAGGAGGAGGGCGACCUGGCCGACAUCAAGUCCUCCCUCGUCAACGAGUCCGAGAUCGCCCCCGGCGCCAACGGGCACGAGGUUUCCAGGCAGACUCAAGCACAGGAUUCCUACCAUGAUAAAGGCAGAGAGCACCCCGAGGAAGGAAAGCAUCCAGACAAUGGCUUAUACAGCAAGGGACCAUCGUACUCUGGUUAUUCUGGGUAUAUCAUGAUGCCAAAUAUGAAUAACGACCCCUACAUGCCUAAUGGAUCUCUGUCGCCACCCAUCCCCAGAACAUCCAACAAGGUGCCCGUGGUACAGCCUUCUCAUGCGGUUCACCCCCUCACCCCUCUUAUCACCUACAGUGAUGAGCACUUUUCCCCGGGGUCACACCCGUCUCACGUCCCCUCUGAUGUCAGCUCCAAACAAGGCAUGUCCAGGCAUCCUCCAGCUCCUGAUCUCCCUACCUUCUAUCCCUUGUCUCCAGGGGGGGUUGGACAGAUAACACCACCUCUUGGCUGGCAAGGUCAGCCUGUAUAUCCCAUCUCGAGUGGAUUCAGGCAGCCCUAUCCAUCCUCACUCUCAGUCGACCCUUCCAUGUCCAGGUUUUCACAUCACAUGAUUCCUGGUCCUCCAGGCCCUCACACAACUGGAAUCCCUCACCCAGCUAUUGUAACACCUCAAGUAAAACAAGAACAUCUGCACAACGACAGUGAGCUAAUGCAUGUGAAGCCUCAGCACGAACAGAGAAAAGAACAAGAGCCAAAAAGACCUCAUAUUAAGAAACCUCUGAAUGCUUUCAUGUUGUACAUGAAAGAAAUGAGAGCAAACGUUGUAGCAGAGUGUACUCUGAAAGAAAGCGCAGCUAUCAACCAGAUCCUUGGCAGAAGGUGGCAUGCUCUCUCCCGUGAAGAACAAGCAAAAUAUUAUGAACUAGCUCGUAAAGAAAGGCAGCUACACAUGCAGCUUUAUCCAGGCUGGUCUGCAAGAGACAACUAUGGGAAGAAAAAGAAGAGGAAGAGAGAAAAGUUGCAGGAAUCAGCAUCAGGUACAGGCCCCAGAAUGACAGCUGCCUACAUCUGAAGCAUGGUGGGAAAAGAAAUGCUUUCUCAACUUGCAAAGCAAAGGCGGCGACACCAGGACCCCUUCUGGAGAUGGAAGCUUGUUAAACCCUAGGUGUGUCCUUCAUCCGCACAGACCACCCCCAAGGAGUCUGUCUAGGAUGUCAUUCACCCUGAUGUCACUGCUAGAGACACUGAAUCAUAAAGACAAUCACUGCCAAAAUCCUUCACUAUCACGAGGUCCAGCCCCGAUAUAAAUAGAGCAAAUGAGCUCCUGGGUCAGCAGAGCAGCUUUUGUCUUCACCUCUGCCUUGCACUCUUAAGCCCCCGUCUCAUCUGUGUCCAUGUUGAGUCAGCAAACACAGUAGCAUGGCUGUCUGUGCCUGCUUCAGCCAGCAGAAUUACAUAGACCACAGCUGCCCCAUACAGCACAUCGAGGGAUGGAAUUUGCCUGGACCAGGAUGACGUGCUCAACCUUCUUUUUAUUUAAUGGUGCGACAGGAUCAAUUUUGGUUUUAGCUUUUUUAAGAAACUUGAAUGCUUUUAUAUUUUAACUUUUAGUUUGUAAUUUCUUUGGUGUAUAUUUUACUAGGUAUGAGCUUAAACAAGUGUCAGAAAUCUGAAAUACUUUUUAAAUAAAAGGAGUUUUUCUUUUUUUUUUUUUUUUUCUGCCAGAGGAAAAAUCUGUAUGGAAAAAAAGGUGGCUGUUUUGUUAAACUAUUUGUAACAAAUAGUGGCCUCUCAGUCUAUAUAAUACAGUGUCCUAUAGAACUAAAUAAAUGUAACAACAGUCAGCUGGUCAGUAGACAUGUUAGUCUUGCAUCAUCUACUCUGUAAACAUAAGCAAUACAUCCAGCAAAUCUGACUGCAGUGAGUUCUUCUUCUCACCCAUUCCCCUUCUCCUUGUAAAAAGCCCAGCACUUGAAUUAUUACUUCAAUUGUUCUGUAUUUGUAUCUGUUUUUGUUAGCCUGUUAGUGGGAUUUUAUGCCAGUUGUUGAAAUGAGCAUUGAUGUACCCAUUUUUUAAAAUAGUAAGGCACAGCCUUUGCCAAAAAUACUGUCAACCAAUUUUUUUUUUGUCAUUCCAGUUUGAGUUAAUGUGCUGAGCAUUUGUUUUUUAAUAAAAGCUUUGUAAUAAAAUGAAAGUUAACUGUCUUUAAAAUUGGCUUAAAAAAAAAAAAACAAAAAAAAACCAACCAAAAAUGGGUUUUGCUAGAAUUCCUGAAAGGUAGAAGCAAGCUCAGGAUGGCACAGUCACAUGUAAGGCUGAAGACUUUUGGCUCAGUCUUCUCUUGUAGGAAAUACAAUGUGUCUGUUUGGCUGUUCGCUCACCUGAAGUGAUUUUGGAAAAUGACCUUUCCUUUGAAAAGUGAGCAGAAGUCUCAGAUCCAUACCAGGAAAAAGGAAUGGGGAUGGUCCCUUGUGCUGCUCCGUUAGCUUUGGCCUAGGUGGAAGUAUUAAGGAUCCCUCCAUCAUCAUUUUCCUAGCAAAAUCUUAGGGAAGGGAGCAGUGGUUUUAAGCUGAUGAUUACAAAUAUGGAUUUGCUUCUUUCUGGACGCGCUCCAUGGCCGCACAAGAGGUAGAGGCCUACAGUUAAAUUUCUUGUAGCUGUAUAAAUUAUUCCUCAGUCAGGGACUGAAGCUGGCUGCAGAAUCAGCUGUGCAAGGCCUGGUUUCAUGGUCUCACAUCCACAGUUGGCAUGGCCUGCCUACUGCCAGUGGUGCCUGGGAGAUGUUCCUGCCACAGCAAGCAGCACAGCUGCCUCACUUCUACUAAGGGAUGUAAAAAAAAACAACAAACCAGACACUGGAGCCACUACUGCACUACUGAAACUACACCUAUUUUUGAGUGGAAAAGAACUAUACAUUGAAUCAGCAUUCUUUAUAUUCCAGCUCCCAGAUCUUGUUUGGCUUGAGACUGGACUGAGUCAAGCUUAAGCUACAAGAAAUGACAUAGGUCAGUUACUGCCUAAGGAAGCUUUGGAAUUGGAUUGUUUAUAAAUGACCCUUUAACUCAGUUGCAUAAGAAAUUUCAUAAUUAAAAAUGUUAUAAAACAACUUCCUCUUAAACCAGUGUGCACUGCACACAUGCCCAGUUUUAAGGCUGUAACCAGCAUAUUAGUUCUUGCAAUAUUUAUUUCUAGCAACUGGUGAUUACGUUAAAAAAAAAGAAAAAAAAAAAAAAGAAAAACAAGUGACCAGGCUCUCAGAUGGCAGGAGAAAAUAUCUCAUGAGAGAAUAGCAACUGUAUACUGGAGUUUUGCAAGACUUGGCUAUGUUUCCAUUCAAUUAUCCCAGCCUUUGCUGGAAACCUGUCUGGCUUUUGGUUUGGGGUUUGGUUUUGUUUUUUAAAGGGGGAAAAAGGCAAGUACUUAGCGCUGUAAUUGUUCUAAAUCAAGGAUUACUGCAGUGAGAUCUGCAAAUUACAUGUUCCAAAGGCAACAGUUCUCUUUAGAACUUUAUAAAACAUGACUACUUUGUUUGGAUUUUGUAAUGGUAUUUAAAGAGCCAUUUAUCCAUUCUGAAAAAAAAUUGUUCCCAAUGGAAGUCAGCUUCAUGUAGCACAUGGUCCCCAAUACACUGUUGUGAGCAGUUGCCUGCCUUAAGGACGAAAGGUAUUUCAGCUCUAAUAGCAAAGAAAAAGAAUUUGAGAGCUAAAAAUAAUAUCUCUGCUGUUAACAUACAGUGAACAAGCACCAUGUGUUGGGCUCAUUCAUAGAUCAAAGACCUUUCACAUACAGCAGCCAUGGGAAAGGUUAACUAAUAUGCAAGGCUUACAAUGCUGCCAUGAGAACACCUAAAACAGAGUAACCCUGCUAUCCUGGAAUACCCCCUGUGCUUGGGUCUGUGUCCACUCCUGCCCUCCCCUGCUACUUGGCAUUUGUUCCUGUGGGACUGAAAGAGCCCUCACUGUACUGUGUCAGCUUGUCAGUGGAGACAGAUGAGCUAGUAAAGAUGGCCAAGCGAUGAUGGUGCUACCCUGGCAGUAAGACUAGGUUUAAAUCCUUGUGACAUGGAACAAAUUAUUCCAGGUGAGACUCAAAACCAGCACCUAAAUUCCUGAUGUGCAAUUUAGGAGAUGUCAGAAUCUAACUUUGUCUCUUUUGGGUGCCUGAGGAGAUGAUUAUCAUUUAUUUCCCACAGAAAACAUUUUCAAGGAUUUAAAUGCUCCUACCUAAUGGCUGAGUUAAUUAUCCAGACACUUCUGUACAAGCACUCACAAACCACUCUCUGCCCCCACACUUGGUUCUGUGCAUAUACUAAAAGCAGUUCUUGCACGGAUCACAGCACGGGUAGUCUAGUUCAUAAACACAGAGCUAUCCCAGUACCUAGGAAACACACAGCCUUCCCCCUCCCCUCACCAAACCCUGCAGAUACAGAACAGGGGAGUUAAACCAGGAUUAUUUACAGUUAAUCAGGCCAACAUCACAGGAUGGUCUGGCUCCUCAGGCUUCUGGAUCGCCUGGACCAGAGCCAUUUUCCCUAGGUUACAUAAAAGAACAAUGCUUCAGCUAAGUUUGGCUUCUUAUGCAGCAAGUGAUGACAGAUUCACUAGUGCUUAUAGGGACUCACCAGCUCUACUGAAUUAUCUUCCGUUGUAGUUUCCGCUUUGGAUUAGGCAACAGAAAAGGCAGUCACUUAGUUUGAUGGCUGGCUCAAUUUGCAGAAAAUGUAGGACCUUAAGGACCCAAUCCUUGCUCCAGGCUCUAGGACAGCAGAAUCCACAGCAUCAGUUGUCUGCACUCAUUUGAAACCACUGCAGAGCACAAGGCUUUGAAGCAAUCAUUCUUUUUCCUGGUGGCCUCCUGCUCUGAUCUAAGUGACAGCUAAUCAGGCUAUAGCAAGACUGGCAGAAAAUGAAGGACACUACUGAGACUUAAGAAAUGCCCUGUAACCUCUCCCAUAAGGCAGCUGCAGUUUUUUCUCUUCAUUUGCAAGGGGACUAACAUGCAAGGAAACCUCUCCUUCAGAAUAAGGACCUAACACAAAGUAGAACAUUAGAGGGGAAGUAAGUCCAUAAAUAGCCAGAAGUCUGUCAGCUAUGAAUACCUUUCUCCUAAGUCAGGUCAGUGAAAAACUACUGGGCUAAAAAGGAAGUCAGCCAAAAGAAGAAGCUGCAACAGGAAAAUGAUUGGCUAUAAACACAUUCCAAGAUGAAAUCAAAAACCUAGAAAGUAUGCCCAAACCCAUCCAUUUCUCCACGACACAUUAGGAAGAGAAACUCUAGAUUAAUGUAUGAAUUUACCCUUUUGAGUCUCCUCAUAGAUAUGAAACUCAGGUUUAGAAAGCAUCUGCCCAGGAAAAGAAGGUAUGUGCCCAAAAUAGGGGAAAUGAACCUCUUAAUCACCAGUUUUUGACCGGGUCAAAACAAGGACUGAAAUACUGCUCCCUAUCCUCCCAGAAAAACAGUCAUACCUUCAGGCCAUGGAUUUUAAAUGAUAGUUUCUCUUUGGACACUCCUCUUGCAACAACCAUGCCUUCACUGAAUGACAGAUGUCUGUUUGACUGAGAUAACAGUGACUGCAUACCUGGUCUGAGAACCUUAGAAAACCAAGGUUUUCUUCUUGUGAAUACUGUUCUACAAACCACAUUUUGAUAAACUCGCCCAUCCCACGUUCCUGAAACCCAACAAAUACAAAUAAGCAACAGGUUCAUUAACCUGUCAGCUAUGGAAAAUCAGCAUAAACCAACAGAGCUAGGAGAAAAAUUUCUGCUUCAUACUAGAGGAGCAACUCACCCAAGAAGUGGUCUGUACCGUUCACUGUGCUGAGAAAAGUUAACUGACAUAAUAAAAUCUUCAGCAGAAUAAGAAAAAUAACAUACUCCAAAACUUAAUGAUGGUCAGAAGUGUUAUUUGGACAGGCCAUUCUUUGAAUUUGUACAAAUUUCCUACAGCUAAGAAAAGUGGCUAAAAAAGUCCUACAGGAUAUCUAUUUGACUGAGUUAGGACAUCUCUGUCUUUUAAGAGAGAGAAGAAAGCCACAGAAACAAGGACUCAGAUCUUGACAAAGCAGAAUGCUAUAGAAGGAUUAGUUCUUGGCACCUGUCUGUGAAAGCAUAAUGCUGGGUAACAAAAGAGGAGACAGCACACAGUACAACAUGGCAGUGACUGCAUCCCUUGACUGAAAAAAGUCCAAGAUGGACAAGAUUCUUACAUUCUAGUUGUUGCUUUGCUACCCUGAAAUAUGUUUCCUUUUUACUCUUCUCUGUGAAAUGUUUAAUUUUGUCAUUAUUAACAUCAGCAGCAACAACUUCUUUUAUUCUACACUCUAUUAAUGCUAAAUUAAUAGGCAGUAAUCAUAUUUGCAAACAAAUAAUCUGACAGAACAGCCACUGCUUUUUUUCCUGUAAAGACCUGAUAGCUUCAAACUGUACUCAACUUUUUAUGACAAUAACAUGAAAGAAUUCACAAUCAAAACAUCCUAAUCUAAUAACCCUCAACAAAUUUAGCCAUGAAUGGUUUUAGCCACUGUUUGAAAAGUCAAAUUUUAUAAGGCAGAAUUCACAUAUGGUCAAAGUUUCCCUUUGAGUGGGACUGGUAUAACUGCAUGACCCAGAAAUCAAACUACUCACAGCACUUAGUUAAUCACUGAGCAGUCUAAUUCUGCCUAUACUGGUACUAAUAUUUAACUGUUUAGUAAGUGUGAAUUUACUGAAAUUACAUACUGAAAUGGAAUGGCAAGCCAUUUCUCAAUAUUCAAGUAGUUUAUUCCCUUCUUCCCUCUAGUCCAUUCGAUUUCACUUCUACUCUAGGCCUCUUUCCCUCCUCCCCCUUCUCUCCUGUAUUUGACUGACUUCUCUGCUCUUGGCCUGUCCUCAUUGGCAGAAAGAGUUCCCUGCUUAUGGAACAGCUCUGCUAACUGCUCUUGACCACUCAGAAGCAGUCCCCCCUUCCCAAUGACCUAAUGCUGGAUUUCCUAUGAACGUAAAAAAAAUGGACUUAAAUCUAGCACAGGUAUAACACUUACACUGUAUUUUCAUUCUGUCCAGUUUGGAAAUAAAUACAAUUUGAAGGAA